GUGCAUGUGGUGAUGUUCUUUCACCUUUAGUGGUUUAUGCCGCAAAGGCUGUAAACUCACUUUGGUGCGCUGGUGGUGUUCGUGGUACAACUUAUAAAUGUUCUGAAUCAGGUUGGAUAACAGAAAAAAUUUUUACGGAUUGGUUUAAAAACUGCUUUUUGGAACAAACAAAACACAUCGAACGACCACUACUACUUGUUAUGGACAACCAUUCAGCUCAUAUUAGUAUUGAUGUAAUCGAGUUAGCUAUAAAAAAUCAAGUAAUCUUGUUAUGUUUACCCCCACACUCCACCCAUGCUCUUCAACCGUUAGAUGUAGUAACAUUAAGUUCCGAUGAAACAUUAUCAAAUAGUUUUUCAUCAACAACAAUUGUUCAGCACUCCAUUGAUGCACCAGUCAAUAACAAUAUUUUACAAAACAGAAAUUCUAUCAACUCAAUUGUUAAAACAGAUGCUGAACAAGGGUCAAUUUCGAACAUUGAAAUUAUUCAAAAUUCAACAAUAACUACAGCUCAACCAGAAAUAAACUUCGUGUCCACGUUCACAUCUCAUGCAACAGAAACUAUGGCAUUCCAUUCUUUAGGUAAACUGUUGGCACCAUGCUUUGGACAUUCAUCUAGUUUUAGGUCUUUAGAUAAUCCAUUUUCUAUGGUUAGUUAUCCAUCAACAACUACUGAAUUGGACAAUGAGGAGGAAAAUCAUGCUUGGGCAGAUACUGAUGGUGUAUGGUCGACUCGUAUUACUGCUCAAAUAGCUAUACCAGUCAAUGAUAUUACAGAAUUUAGUGAGCGUUCGUCUGGUAUAAAAGCAAUUGGUGCAACUUCAACUGAUUCACUGAAUAAAUUCACAAAAUGUAGUAAUGGUUCCAAAUCACUCGAAACAUUUCCGUUUUCUAUCUUUGUAUUAGAUCAUAAGGCUAGUUUCGUUCUAGAUUCAAAUCAUGAAAUAUAUCCAGUAUAUGAUGAAGAAGAAAAGACUUUUCAUGAACUUACAUCGGCUCCAAUUCAAGUACCACCAUUUAGUCCAACAGCUGCAGUUCGUUCAAUAGUAACUAGUUGUUUACAAGAAAUGCAGCCGACUCCACCAGUAAAUAGCAAACGAGUUCGACUAGAACGUCGAUAUGGUGAAGAAAUUACCACCGGUGGUCUUCUUCAAGAAUUGAAAGACAAAAAGGCAGCUAAAGAUGCUCAGGUCAAACGACCACGACAAAAAAGAAAAAAAAAUGAAGUAAGAUCAUGA